AAUGAGGGUGUCCUGUUUUACAUCCAUGACGUCACCACGAAGUAUUAAUACUCGGCCUCAACCGCUUCUCCUCACGUAUCGUUUUCCGCGACAACAAACCGUUGACUCCCCGCUACGGCGAUCGGCUCACAGCGACUCACGUCCUAAAGCAAGCUCGAGAUGGCGCGUACCAAGCAGACCGCUCGUAAGUCCACCGGAGGCAAGGCGCCUAGGAAGCAGCUCGCCACCAAGGCAGCCAGGAAGAGCGCGCCCUCCACGGGAGGAGUGAAGAAGCCCCAUCGUUACAGGCCGGGAACUGUGGCCCUGAGGGAGAUCCGUCGCUACCAGAAGUCCACAGAGUUGCUCAUCCGCAAGCUGCCCUUCCAGCGCCUGGUGAGGGAGAUUGCACAAGAUUUCAAGACGGAUCUGCGCUUCCAGAGUGCAGCUAUUGGAGCUCUUCAGGAAGCUAGCGAGGCUUACCUGGUGGGUCUGUUUGAGGACACCAACCUGUGCGCCAUCCACGCCAAACGUGUCACCAUCAUGCCCAAAGACAUCCAGCUGGCACGUAGGAUAAGAGGGGAGAGGGCCUAAGCACCAAAUGCUCCCCUUUAUAUUGUAACUAACCCUUUUUGUGGACAUUUUAUUUCUUGGGUAUUUUUUCGUACAUUUUUUUUCUGAAUUUUGUAUUUUAGAUUGAGAGGAAUCAUUCCGUGAGGCUGAUUACAUUUAAGAUAAUUGGAAGUGUUGUGCAGUAAAAGUAUCUUCCUAGUUUUCCAUCACGGGGUCAUUACUCCAGCCAUCGCAUCACUCUUCAAACUAUUGUGGACAUUAGAGUUCAUCUGGGGAUGGAAGUUGUCUAAGGGAUAAAUUCUUCUCUGGGGGGGGGGGGGGGGGGGGGUCCGGGGUCUCUUCACUCAUCACAAAAUGCCAGCAUGUCCUGCUCAGUCUGUCUCUGUGUCCAGGUGUUGGCUGCUACAGUUGAUACUUGUACUCUGAUCGGUAGCAAGGCAACCCCUCCAUCCUGUAUUUUUCUUGACUGCUUUUUACAUGUUUUUAAACAUAAAACCUUGGCAGCUACAUUUAAUACUAUUUAUGAAAUGUUGUUGCGUGUCUUUCUAUUAAAGGUCUUUAUGAGUAGG